AUGGCGCUGGAUCGCAAACGGACCCAGCACGACUACUCGUCUGACGGGGCCACCUCCUCUUCAUCUGCGCGCGCAAGGUACACGGCCAGCCCCCGCGCCCCCAUGAACGCCGAGCCCUACAACCCCUACCGCACCGAGUCCCCGCCCGCAUCCGCCUACUUCUCUCACUUCGACGGCGACCACCACCAUGAGCCGCAUCCCACAUGGCCGGACACAGAUGCGCAUUUUGCGUACAGCACAACGCUCCGACGGCACACGCUAGAGGGACCGCUGGGGUUACCACCACCCUCUCUGGGCGAACUCAGGAACGCGGCGGAGACGGAGGGACCGAGAGGGGUCUGGGACCGCACCCGCGACCAGUACGAGCUGCUGCCGACGUCGCGCAAGGAGGAUGCGCCAACGGAGAGUGCGUCUGCGCGGUUCGCGCACUACUCGAUACAGGUGCGUCACUCAGGACACUCUGGCCAAUUCGGGACGUCCGUGACUGAUGGUCUGUCCGCACGAAGGGUGUCGGACCUUUUGGCGACCCAUGGAUACAACGAGUUCACCGUCUCUACUCCGGAACCCAUGCUCAUCAAGUUCGCCAAGACGAUAUACGAGAACCCUCUCAUCCUGUUACUAUGCGGAAGUGCGGUGGUCAGCGCGGUCAUGGGCAACAUAGACGACGCGGUUAGCAUCACCGUUGCGGUGCUCAUCGUCCUCACUGUUGGCUUUGUUCAAGAGCAACGGUCAGAGAAGAGUUUGGAGGCGUUGAACAAGCUUGUUCCCCACCAUUGUCAUCUGAUUCGAGAAGGAAAACCUCUACACGUCCUUGCCAACGAGCUCGUUCCCGGAGACAUCGUCACCUUUUCCACCGGAGACCGCGUACCCGCAGACGUUCGGCUGGUGUCUGCGCUUGACGGCGAAACCACGACGCGGCGAAAAGACACGGAGACAUGCACUCCGAUACAAUCAAACGGGUACCCCAACGGAAACGGGAACGGGUAUGGCGCUCCUACAGCGGAGCCUGUUGCCUUGGCAGAUCGGUCAUGCAUAGCGUACAUGGGUACUCUGGUCAGGAACGGCAGAGGAACAGGCAUUGUGAUCGCAACUGGGACCCAGACGGAGUUCGGGAUGAUCUUCGCCAUGAUGCAAGAAGUCGAGGAGAAGCGGACACCCCUCCAGCUGAGCAUGGACGAGCUUGCCACCAAGCUUUCCAUGAUCUCUUUCGGCAUCAUUGGCGUUAUUUGCCUCAUCGGAGUCAUUCAGAAGCGUCCUUGGCUGGAUAUGUUCACUAUCGGAGUCUCCCUUGCUGUGGCAGCCAUCCCGGAAGGUCUCCCCAUCGUAACGACAGUUACGCUUGCUUUGGGCGUGUUGCGAAUGUCAAAAAGGAAGGCUAUUGUGAAGAAGCUUCAUUCAGUCGAAGCCCUCGGUUCCGUUUCUGUUAUUUGUUCCGACAAAACAGGCACAUUGACUAAGAACGAGCAAACUGUGACGGAAAUCUACUCUGUAGAUGAGACCAUCACAUUGGAUGGGUCUGCAUCUCAAACAUUGAUCAUCGGCUCGGGCGCUUUCGUCGGUCAAUCUACCGAUGUUGCCUUACUCAACGUGAAUCUCCAAAGACCGCACGCGAAACGCCGAGAUUCCGUUCAGCUCGGAACGCAAGGAAAUGUACUACAUCAAGGACAAGUGCAAGUUCUACUACGUCUCGACGAAUCCACGCCCGCACUCGAGCAACACACGCCUUCGUAUCAUUGCUCUGGCAUAUGGCUAUGGUUCCGUCGAGACGCCUUCUUCCACCGCCCCUUCUUCUCACACCCACAAGUCCAACCUCGUUUUCGUUGGGUUCCAAGCCAUGCUCGAUCCUCCCGCAAAGGCGUUGCCGACGCGAUCAAUCUCCUCCAGUCCGGAGGUGUGCAGGUCGAGACCGCUCUCUCAAUCGCACGCGCCCUCGGGUUGCGCGUUGGGACCGGUGCGCACAGCGGAUGCCUAACGGGUCAGGCGAUCGACCGGAUGACCAAGGAGCAACUGCGGGAGAUGGUCGGCGGUGUGAGCGUGUUCGCGCGGACAACACCAAAACACAAGAUGGCCAUCGUCGAAGCGUUCCAGAGCCGUGGCGCGAUAGUCGCGAUGACCGGAGACGGCGUCAACGACGCGCCUGCGCUCAAGAUGGCGGAUAUCGGUGUUUCUAUGGGCAAGAGCGGCACGGAUGUGGCCAAGGAGGCGGCGGACAUGAUUCUCGUGGACGACAACUUUAGCACUAUCCUUCCCGCAGUAGAAGAAGGAAAGUCUAUCUUCCACAACAUUCAAAACUUCCUGUCGUUCCAGCUCAGCACGGCGUGCGCCGCGCUGACGCUGAUCACGCUGAGCACUUUCUUCGGUCUGGACAAUCCCUUAAAUGCCAUGCAGAUCCUCUUUAUCAACAUCCUCAUGGACGGACCCCCGAGCCAGUCGCUUGGUGUAGACCCUGUCGAUCCUCAGGUCAUGCGAAGACCCCCUAGGAAGAAGGACGCGCCCGUGAUCAGCAAACGGCUUGUGUACCGCGUCCUCUUCUCCGCAUCGAUCAUCGUUGUUGGAACACUUUUUGUCUAUGUAUAUGCGCUUGCGGACGACCAAGACAUGACGAGGCGAGAACAGACCAUGACCUUCACUUGCUUCGUGUUCCUCGAUCUCGUCUCCGCAGUCCAGAACCGUGGCAUGGGCUGUGGGCUCUUCCAGAACCGCAUGCUGGUCACAACCGUGUCGACGUCGUUCCUAGUGCAGCUCGCGCUUAUCUACGUCUCCUUCCUUCAAAGCAUCUUCCAGACCGAGGCGCUUGGCUUGUUCGAUCUGUGCACGUUGCUGGCGCUGGGCGCAGUGUCGGCGACACUACACGAGGCACGACGGAGGUACGAGCGUUCAUUGAACGCGACGAUGACAUAUUCUAGCACAGUAGAGGAGCUCGCGUGA